CGUGCAGUUCGGUCGACGGGUUACUUCGCCUUCGCUUCUCUACCAAAAAAGAGGCGCCAAAACCACUCAAUUGGCAAAUAUCACACGGAACUCAGCGAGCACGAAAGUGUUUGGUUAAAUAAAGAUUGCAUAUAUAUAUAAUAUCUAUAACGCGGUAUACAAUAUACGGUUGCCCCUCAGAAGCUAAAGCAAACAUUUCAGUGCCCUCCGAUCGGUGAGCAAUCCAGAGAAUAUCAAUCGAUCGCGUCGGAAAAGAGAAAAAAGAGAGCGAGCACAGGAAGAGCCGGCUGUCGCCAUCAGUCUUCCCUCCCUCGUCCUCGAACAGCCCUUGAUUUUUGUUGUCGCGUGUGCCGCAGUGCUGCAAUACCACAAUACUACGAACUACAGAACAUACGCCACAAACUGCCGCCAGGUGUGCGGUACAGAGCGAGCGCCUUGGACUUGGUUUUUGGUUAUUGGUACACCCCGGUCUAUGUUUUGCUGCAUUCAUUCGUAAUAUUCACUUCACGAAAAAAGCCACUUCAGCUGUUACUCCGAAAUUUGCCAAAUGCCGCUUCAUUGGCUCAGCAAAAUCGCGUAGUUCAGUGAAAACUAUCAGAAAACCAAGAUUACCCUAAGGAAACCGCAGACACAUUUCCAAAAAUGUCCACACUUAACAGUCGAAAUCAGAAAAUGGAACAACAGCGCCAGCUGAUGGAGGCCUACAUCCGGCAGAAGAGGGCCUCGCCGGGAAUGGUCCAGGCUAGUGAUCUGCAGAUCAACCGACCGAUGUCCGGGAUGCGCAGUAACAGUCGGGAGCUGCACGCCUACGACGGACCCAUGCAGUUCAUCAGCUCUCCUCAGAAUCCGGACCAGAUACUCUCCAACGGCAGUCCUGGAGGCGUCGCUGUCGCUCCAGUUGCCAUGAACACCAGUCGCAACCACUCGAAUAAUAUGCGCAGCCUGAGUACCAUCAACCAGGAGGGUAAGUGGCUGUACACUCAAAAAAAAGCUGAUCUAAUAGAGGAGAUCUCCUCGCACGAGUUGGAGGAUGAUGAGAGCAGUCCGGUGACGGUGAUCGAACAGCAGCAGUCAGCAUCUCAUAGCGCCAACUCGACGCAUUCCCAGAAACCUCGUGCCCGCCAGCAUUCCUUCAGCGACAACCUAGACGAGGACGACUAUACCAAUCGCAAUGUGGCGGGAGCAGCUCCGGUGCGACCCGCUGGAAUGGCCUCGUCGCCCUACAAGGAUGCGACACUGGACGGCAGCAGCAACGGAACGGGGAAUGGGACUGGCGGGGAGUCUGAAGGCGAUGUCAUUGGUAAUAUUGACCAGUUCGUGAUGCAACCAGCGCCGCAAGGAGUGCUCUACAAGUGCCGCAUCACCCGGGACCGCAAAGGCAUGGACCGGGGUCUCUUUCCCAUAUACUACUUGCACCUGGAAAGGGACUACGGGAAGAAGAUAUUCCUGCUGGGAGGUCGCAAACGUAAGAAGAGCAAGACAUCAAACUACAUAGUCAGCUGCGAUCCCACGGACUUGUCCCGCAACGCCGAUGGUUUCUGUGGCAAGCUUCGUUCGAACGUCUUUGGAACCUCCUUUACCGUCUUUGACAAUGGCAACAAGGAGAGCACGGAAAGUCCUAGACUCGACCUGGCCGUCAUUAUAUAUGACACAAACAUCCUGGGAUUCAAGGGUCCACGCAACAUGACUGUAAUACUGCCGGGCAUGACUGAAGACGAUCAGCGUGUCAAGAUCAGUUCAGCGGAUCCUAAGCAGCAGGGCAUUCUCGACCUGUGGAAAAUGAAGAACAUGGAUAACAUUGUGGAGCUGCACAAUAAGACGCCGGUGUGGAACGACGAAACCCAAUCGUAUGUGCUCAAUUUUCAUGGACGCGUAACCCAGGCGUCGGUGAAGAACUUUCAGCUGGUCCACGACUCCGAUCCCGAGUACAUUGUGAUGCAAUUUGGUCGCACCUCGGAGGACGUUUUUACCAUGGACUACCGCUAUCCACUUUGCGCGAUGCAGGCCUUUGCCAUAGCUCUCAGCAGUUUCGAUGGUAAAAUAGCCUGCGAGUGAGCUGGCUGGGAUCCUCGGGCUAGCCCGCUGCCUUAUGUACAGCCACAAAUCUGGGGAGUGGAUCAUGUCGCUCUGGCCAGAACAUUGUUGAAAAUAGUCUCGGAAAUCUAGUCACUCAAACAAGGCCGUCAUCACUUAAAAACGGAAUGGAUAGGACAUCGUUGACAUGAGUAAUUUAGUAGUUAUCAUCGUAUGACAUUUAUUUAGAAUGUUCUCACCGAUUUUAUAAGAAAUUAUUUAGGACAGGUCCUGCAACUUUGUAUAUCUUAAAGUGCCCUCUAGCGAUAAGUACACUUCUAAGCGAAUCGAGAUAAAUGUUAUUUGAAGUAAUAAUCAAUUUUAUAAUAUGCAUAUAGCAACAAAUCAAGGACAAAUGUAAACUAUUUAAAAUGAGAGUACUAUUAGUUUGUAAGAGGCACUACUAACUUGUGCUAAGCUCAAAAUAUAUUUAAGCAAAGA